UUGUGCGGAUUGAGAUUUAACCGACAGUUAUUCGUUCAGUGUGUUUCACGGUGUGAAACAGACAAGAUUGCGACAGAAACGGAGAGAACGAUUUUUUCGGACUGACCCCUCGGAAAACGACUUAUCCCUCGAGGCACACCCUCCCGGGACAUCUGACCAUGGACAUUCUAUACGAUAGUGACCACAAACUCGGCGAAAUGGAAGACUCAUCAAUGGGAGAGAUUCUAGAUCACGAAAACUUUCAAUCCCCAACUUCACUGAGCUCGGAUGGAUACAUGGAUAAUGAUUGGCUGGACAGUUUAUUUGAGGAUCCGGUUCUGAACGACAAGAUGAUAACGGAUGCUGUACAACCUCCGCGGAUUCACUCGGAACACAGUUACUCCAUUAACGACAGUGUACCGUCGUCUCCGCUUGGACUCGGGAAACUCGAAGAUUUGGAUAGUGAAUUUUUUGGAAGCAAUCAGGCUUUAGACCUCACCAACAAAACCAACCUGACAACCGGCGGACAGGAAGUGACCAUCAAAACUGAGUUACCAGAAGUGGAACCGGUGGACCCGAUGUUAACCACAGUGACUACCAUGACAACCCGGACACUGACCGUGACAAAACAACCAACCAUCAUUCUGGCCGCCUCCCCCUCCCAGCUCCAAACCCAGCACUCCAUCUCAUCACCCAUAGUAACCAUCAAAACGGAACCCGUGGACCCCUUGUCUGAAGCCAUGGAGCAAACAGUAAAUGUGGACAGCCUGAUCAUGCCCCCCACACCCCCCAGUAGUGCCUCCAGUGACAGUGAGGGGGGACAGAGUCCUCAGCAAUCGGCGCCCUCUAGUCCGGUCCGACAACUGCCACACUCGCGUCAUUCUCUCUCCCCCAACAGCAAAUCAUACUCACAACCAUUGUUCACCAGUCCGAUUCCUCAGUCAGGUCUCCUUAUCUUAUCUGAAGAGGAAAAAAGGACUCUCAUCUCGGAAGGUUACCCCAUACCAAAUAAACUCCCCCUGACAAAGCAGGAGGAGAAAAACCUGAAAAAGAUACGCAGAAAAAUUAAAAACAAGAUCUCUGCACAAGAAAGCAGAAGAAAGAAAAAAGAAUAUUUAGAAGCUUUAGAGAAACGGGUGGAAGCUUUCUCUCAGGAGAACAACGAUCUGAAGAAGAAAGUGGACUCAUUAGAGAACAACAACCGGUCACUGCUCGGUCAGUUACAGAAACUUCAGGCCCUGGUGGGAAAGGUCUCCCGACAUGGGGGUACUACGACACAAACAGGAACAGUGCUAAUGGUGUUGGUGUUAUGCUUUGCCGUGUUUUUGGGGAGCUGGACUCCUUCGUCCUUCAACAUCGGCUAUUCCUCGGGCUCAGCAGCAAUGGAGGGAAUGUCGUUCUUCGCUAAUCCUCGCCUCAUGGAGCCGGGGAUAAAGAUGGGGCCCUCUGUACAAGACGCCAAGGUGGACAUCUACUCCACCCCAUCUAUGAAAUCUCGAGUUCUGCUGUCCCUGCGAGAGGAGGAAGACUUGACUUGGUAUCACCCGUACGGCCCUCCCACGCCGCGAAGCCAGCAAGAAUUCUCGGAUCCUGAGAGGGAGGGCAUAGAAACAAACCAAAAGGACACAAAUCCAUCAGAGCCAGUGGUGGUAGGGCCCCUGGAGGUGGUAACUGUAGACCAGAGGCUCCACCAGGCCAACUGCUCCUCCCGAAAACACGCAGGGGAUGUCCACCCCGAUAUCUCCGGUCCUAUAGGACUCAGGAAUCCGUGUAUAGAACGAUCCGUGGAGACAGAAACGUCCUAAAGCUUCUCGCGGGCAUUACACCACACGACAGACUGUAUUAAGUGCUGCUAUUUCUAUUGUGGAUUACUACUACUUUGGGGACUUUAUUAUCCAUUUAGGUUGUUCUCUGCUUUUCAUUUCAUUUUUUGAGAGAUUUUGUCUGUCUCCUUUUUUCAAUCUUUUUUUUUAGAUUUUUUUUUUUACUUUCAUUUUGCCCUUUUUUAUGUUCUGGAGGUUUUUUGUGUAAGGACCAGGUUUUCAUUAUAUGCAUUGUAAAUAUAACAUUUUUUCUCAAUGUGUGUGAGCGAUUGUGUAUGAGAAGGGAGGUCAAUCCUGCUUUAUUAUUCUUGGGCAUGUUUAUCGCUUUUUGAAUUAUCUUCAAGAACUGCAGGGAACAUGCGACAAGGUGCUUGUUACUUGUUAUGUAUUUAUUGAUAAAUAUUAAUUGUUAAAUAUGCUUUAUUAAAUCUCAUUAAGUUAUUGCAUUAUAUACAUGGAGGGUUUUGUGAUAAUGGGCAAGGUGUGACUGAAAGAAAAUUUGAAAGAGAAUUUAAACUAAAGUUGUUUUGGUUAAGAUUUUAAUGUUAGUCAGUUGAGGUAGUUUACAUUUGGUUUUAAAGCCUAAGUUUUGGUUCCAUAUGUCAAUAGGAAAUCAUGAGUGUAAUCAAUAUGUUGUGCUUGGAAUUUCAGAGAUCACUUACUAUAUUUUUGUAAGCUUAAACAGUAUUAGGAAAAACGUUGUAUUCAAACAUAUCUACUGCAUCAAAGUACUAACCUCAUAGUCUAACUGGUACAUAUAUCUAUAUGUAUAUGCAUGAAAUGUAUUUUUGUUUUUAUUCAGAUAUUUUACAGUAAAUGUAAAAUGGAUUAUGUUAAUGACAGGCCAAGUGCAUUCAAUGAUCGGAGAUGUAAAUUUUAUUUAUCCAUUGUUUGUCAUGAACAUUUUACCGCAUUUUAAUGACCCUAGUCAUGGAUUGUAUAUAGAUUAUUUAUUGUUGGGUUUGACAAGAUCUCCAAAAAGGAAAUGAUUUCAUUUUAAAUAUUGUCAACCUCUGAUAAAACAAUAUUUCAGUUCUUUGUCUUGUCAAAAAUGACAACGUGGAAAUUCCAGGAUUCCACUGUCACUUCUCUGGUUGUGGGUUCAUCAUUACUUAGAGAAACGGACAUUGUAGACUAGCUCUUCUCACAGCCAGGCGUAGACAACUCCUGACUAGCUCUUCAGUGGGGCAGGGGUCGAUCACUCCUGACUAUUGGGAAGAGACCUUGGGCAUAAUCUUUGUACAUGUAUAUAAAAUGCAACCAUGUCAUGCAAUAUAAUAUUAAAUCACAUAUAUAUCAAUAAAAUAUAUAAAGAGCAUCGAAAA